ACCACAAAUUACAAUAGUGUGUGUGUGUGUGUGUUUGUAUGCAUCUAUAUACAAAUAUAUUUAUUUUUGUUAAGUUGGUAAACCUAGUACCCGCUGUGUUGUUUUUGUGGGUGUCAGCCAAGCAAGCGGACUGCGAUAACUGGGCAAAUAAUAACAAUCCAUCACCUUUUUUUUCCCGAUUAUCGUGGAUGUGUGCAAAAAAAAUACGGUGGUUGCGAACGUGAAUGGUCCGCAGGUCCCGAUGCACCGGAUGGGCCCCAGGACUCCUGGCAGUGGGGAUAGUCAUUCGUCAAACGAAUUGAACAUUUUGGCUGAUAAAAGGAAAAAUAUGACUGACGACAGAGACCAAUUUGCAGCGGCCACCAACAGUCGGUGACUAUGUAGCUGAAGUCUUUUGGACGAUUGCCGGUGACAAUUGAGAAGAGAACAUGGGCAUCCCGGAUGAGUACAUGUACGAUUUCUGGCAGAAGGAGAACAUCGAGCAGGUGCAGCUCACGUGCCUUCUGCCGAACUCGCUGGUCAUCAUCAUCGAUGCCACCAACAAUUCGUGCUUUGCCGAUAUCAGAGAAGAUCUCUGGUAUGAAGCGCAACGAUUGCCGCUCUUCGGAGCGCUUCACAACGUCUCCAAGUAUCGGUUUACUUACAUCAACGAUCGGGGUGAGAAUGAGGAGAUCGUCGACGAGAGCAUGCGUCUGGAGGAGGUGCGGCCGAUGGGCGCUCUGCUUAUGAUCAGCGAGGUGCAAGAAGGGCACACCGAAGAUAAACUAAAUCUUAAGAUUGGUCAGCUCAUAGGCAAGAGGCUAGACGAAUUUGAUGCGCUUAGCAGUCCGGAAAUCAACGAUUUCCGUUUUCAGACGCGUCAGUUGGCCGAUUCCAUGUCGCACUCGCGCGAACAGAAGACGUGGACAGAACGGCUGCUAUACCAGUACCCCGAGAGGAUAUCCACGACCGCCCUCAACCUGGAUAACGUCAAGAACUCUGUGUACAUAAGCAAGAAUAUUUACCUUCUCGGUCGCAUCGACGGCCACUCGGAGCACAACUUCAAGAUCUGCGUAUCAGCGAACACAGACACGGGCGGCGUGCUUGAGAUGCUGCUUAAACGCAAGUCCUCUUUCCUGAAGACUAGCGAGAAGCCGAGUGAUUACGUGUUAAAAGUCUUAGGCGCCGACGAGUACCUCAUCUCCGAUCAUCCCAUAGUGAACUUCGAGUACAUACGCGAUUGCAUCUCCAAGGACGAAAUUCCGAAGCUGGUGCUCAUCUCCAAAGCGAACGUCAUUAUGCACAAUAACGAUUAUCAGUACACCUACUUCAACAACACGAAGAAGCCUCCCUACUCGACGCUGACGCUACGUAAGAAGAGCAACUUCAAAUCAUCCUGGAACAUCGACAAGAAAUUUGAGUUAACGGUGCAAACGGCCUGUAAAGUAAAUUGUGAUGUUAAAGUAUCAGCUUCCAUGGAAAUAGGUAUCAUGGUGGGCAUCUUCCAUGGUGGAAAGUCACUGUGUCAGCCACAGCACACCAAGCAUCAGCUGCUCAAUGAGAACAUGGAGUUCACGUUUAACGAGCGGCUCGUUUUCAAUAUUGAUGUAUGCAAUUUGCCGCGCAGCGCGAAGCUGUGUUUGGCCAUCUAUGAAGUUCCUAAAAGCGGCAAGGGCACCAAGAACAGGAAAACCAAGGAGCCCAACAAGGAGUUCAACUCGAAUCCCGUUGCAUGGGCGAAUACCACCAUCUUCGACUACAGGAACCAGCUGAAGACGGGCGCUAUGACAUUGUACCUCUGGACGUAUGCUGAGGAUGCGAUGAUGUUGAACGAUGAUCUCCUUUAUCCCCUGGGCACCGUCGUCAGCAAUCCCGGCAAUAACGCUACCAGUCUGACUAUCACAUUCGAUAGCUCGUGUGUUAACGUGUAUUUUCCAUCUUUGGAGCAAAUGAUAAACAAAGUGGAAGAGCGGUAUGAAAGGGAAGAGCGUGAGGAAAGAGAGGAGAUGGAGGCUACGGGUGAUUAUGAGGAUGUGCGGAAGAUCAAGGAGAUGUCGGAAUCGGAAUUGUCCGAGUUCAAAAAAACGUUCAUAGAGAACGAUAUUUAUGAAGUGCAUGACCAGGAAAGGAAGGAGAUGUGGAGGUACCGGUCUUACUGGUUGGAGAGGGAACCGGAGGUGCUGCCGAAGCUUCUGCACUGCAUCGACUGGGAUAACCAGGAGGAUGUGGGUGACAUGGUGCACAUGCUGCAGAGGUGGCCUGUACUGCCGGUCGAAAAGGCGCUGGAACUGCUUGAUUACGCUUAUGCCGAUCAGCAGGUUCGGGGAUUCGCAGUCCGUUGCCUACUUGAUAUCGUCGACGACGACCUGCUACUCUACCUCCUGCAGCUCGUACAAGCCCUCAAGCAUGAGCUCUUCCUAUAUUGCGAUCUGGUCACUUACCUGCUACAGCGAGCGUUGUGCAAUCAGAAAAUUGGACAUUAUCUCUUCUGGCAUUUGCGGUCCGAGAUGCAGGUUGCCUCCGUUUCGGUCCGCUUUGGUCUCAUCCUCGAGGCGUACUGCCGCGGUAGCUGUCAGCACAUGCCUGCACUUAGCAGGCAGCUGGAGGGCCUUGAGAAGCUCAAGAAGAUCAGCGAGGUGGUGAGAAAAUCUCGCAGGGACAAGGAGAAGGCGCGCGUCGCCAUGCAGGACUACAUGACGCAGCAUAGCAAGGACUCUUUCAAGGAUUUCAUCAGUCCACUAGAUCCAAGCAAUCGAUGCAAUAGUGUCAGAGUGGAUAAAGUUAAGGUGAUGGACAGUAAGAUGCGACCUCUCUGGAUAGUGUUUGAGAAUAGUGACACCAUGGCCGACGACAUAUACAUAAUUUUUAAGAACGGCGAUGAUCUACGCCAGGACAUGCUCACGCUACAGAUGCUCCGAGUCAUGGACAAACUGUGGAAGGAAGAGGGGCUCGAUUUUCGGAUGAACCCCUACAAGUGUAUCUCCACCGAGUACCGAAUAGGCAUGAUAGAGGUGGUUCUGAACGCCGAGACCAUAGCUAACAUCCAGAAGGAACGCGUAAUGUUUUCCGCCACGUCACCCUUCCGUAAGGAAUCAUUGCUAGACUGGUUAAAAUACCACAACAAGACUGAGGCGGCGCUGAAGCAGGCCAUCUACGAAUUCACCUUGAGUUGUGCAGGCUAUUGCGUGGCCACCUAUGUUCUGGGAGUUGCGGAUCGUCACUCUGACAAUAUUAUGGUCAAGAAAAACGGACAGCUCUUCCAUAUCGACUUCGGCCACAUCCUAGGACACUUCAAAGAAAAGUUCGGUUUCAAGCGAGAACGGGUCCCGUUCGUGCUCACCCACGACUUCGUGCAUGUGAUUAGUAAGGGCGAGAAGAAGAAUCUAGAGUUCAAGAUGUUCCAACAGUACUGCGAGCAAGCCUUCCUUAUAUUACGAAAGCACGGCGGAUUGAUACUCUCGCUCUUCGCGAUGAUGAUAUCCACAGGGUUGCCCGAACUCAGCUCCGAGAAGGACCUCAACUACCUAAAGGAGACCUUAGUUCUUUCCAAAUCCGAGGAAGAGGCGCUGCAACACUUCCGCUCCAAAUUCGACGAGGCCCUCUCCAACUCCUGGAAAACCUCCAUGAACUGGGCCACCCAUAACAUCUCCAAGAAUAACAAGGUCUAUUGAUACGACGAUGUUCAACAGAACGUGAUGAACAAUAAUAUGAAUUGUAUAAAGUGAAAGAAUACAAAUAUUUCUUUGUAAACUAAAUAAUCAAAAAAAAAAGAAGAGACGUUCUU